AUGUUCAAGUCGGCGCUCCGAGAAGCGCCCCGGCGUAUCGCAUCCUCCAGAACGACUCUUACACGAAGCCCGGCAAGACGAUUUUUAAGCACGGCGCCACCAGCGCAAAAGUCAAGGGGCUGGAAGAGCAGUGCUGUGAGAUGGGCAUUGGCGGGUGCGGGAGUGUACUAUUAUAAUACGAGCAGUCUGUUUGAGGAGGAGCCGGAAGCGUCUAUCCACAAGCUUGAUGAGUCGAUACAAAAUGUUCAGGAGUCGAAACAGCCGACGGUCGAUGCGAUAGUGGAAGAGAAGAGACGGAGACAAGCCCAAGUGAUUGCAGAAGAGGAGAACAAGCAACGGCUUGCUGAGGGGACUACUACGACUGAGGGAGAGGCGGACGGAGAGCAGGAAUUGGAGGAUUUGGAAGAGGAGGCGGGUCAACAAGGGGCUUUCAAUCCAGAAACGGGGGAGAUCAAUUGGGAUUGUCCUUGCUUGGGAGGAAUGGCACACGGAACCUGCGGUGAGGAGUUCAAGGCGGCGUUCAGCUGCUUUGUGUACUCGACUGAAGAGCCCAAGGGAGUAGAGUGCAUAGAGAAGUUCAAGGGCAUGCAAGACUGUUUCCGAAAGCACCCUGAGGAGUAUGGGUCCGAGAUGGAGGAUGACGAGGAUGAAGUUGAGGAGGAGAUCCGGGCUCGAGAAAGCAUUGCUGAAUCCGGAGAAGAGCCUUCGAAAAGUCCUUCGACCCAAGCCUCUGAGAACAGCGCUGCGCAACCUGCCGAAGGGAAGAAGCCGGCGGUCGCAAAGCAAGCUGAGCAGAACAAGCCAGCGGAGGAGUCACAUCAUGACAGCGGCAAGUUAACAGCUGCGAGUGUGUCAAACACGGCUUCACCAUCGAAUUGA